AUGGCCAACCCUCCCCCCAUUGUCCUCGACGGAGGAACCGGCUUCCUCAAGGUUGGCUAUGCCGGCCAGAACUUCCCCGAGCACCAGUUCCCAUCCAUCGUCGGCCGUCCCAUCCUGCGAUCCGAAGAAAAGACGGACAAUGACAUCAUUAUUAAGGACAUUAUGUGCGGAGACCAGGCCGCCGCUGCCCGCACCAUGCUGCAAAUCAGCUACCCCAUGGAGAACGGUAUCGUCAAGAAGUGGGAUGAUAUGGAGCAUCUCUGGGACUACACAUUUUAUGAGAAGCUCAAGGUCGAUCCUCAGGGCCAGAAAAUUCUGCUGACUGAGCCGCCCAUGAACCCUCUGAAGAACCGUGAGCAGAUGUGCCAGGUCAUGUUUGAAAAGUACGGCUUCAACGGCGUCUACGUUGCCAUCCAGGCCGUCCUGGCGCUCUACGCCCAAGGUCUCAGCUCAGGUGUCGUUGUCGACUCGGGUGACGGUGUCACCCACAUUGUCCCCGUCUACGAAUCCGUCGUCCUCAACCACCUUACCAAGCGCCUUGACGUUGCGGGCCGCGAUGUGACCCGCAACCUGAUCAAGCUGCUUCUGCGCCGCGGCUACGCACUCAACCGAACCGCCGAUUUCGAGACGGUGCGCCAGAUCAAGGAGAAGCUGUGCUACGUAUCAUACGACCUGGAGCUUGACAAGCGCCUGAGCGAGGACACAACAACGCUUGUCGAAGACUACACAUUGCCUGACGGCCGCGUUAUCCGCGUGGGCAGCGAGCGUUUUGAGGCGCCGGAAUGCCUCUUUCAGCCGCACCUUGUCGACAGCGAAUCGCCGGGUCUGGGCGAGUUCUUGUUCAACACGAUCCAGUCGGCCGAUGUUGAUAUUCGCGCUUCCCUUUUCAAGGCUAUUGUUCUCUCUGGUGGCAGCAGCAUGUACCCCGGCCUGCCGUCUCGCCUGGAGAAGGAGCUGAAGCAGCUGUGGCUGACACGGGCUCUGCAGGGCAACCCGGAGCGCCUGAACAAGUUCAAGGUUCGCAUAGAAGACCCUCCCCGACGAAGACACAUGGUGUUCCUGGGCGGUGCUGUGCUGGCAAACAUCAUGGCAGACAAGGAGAGCAUGUGGGUUACCAAGGCGGAAUGGGACGAGCAAGGCACACGCGUGUUGGAGAAGCUUGGGCCUCGAUAA